AUGUCUAAAAGAAGUCAGCCUAGUUGGUCCCCACCGGUUAAACCCGGGAAGAAGCCGGUUCUAAAGCUUUAUAACAGCUUGACUAGGCAAAAGGAAGAAUUUGUGUGCGACAAUGGCAAUCGUAUUAAUUGGUACAGCUGCGGGCCUACAGUGUACGACGCCUCCCAUAUGGGCCAUGCCAGAUCCUACAUAUCUUUCGAUAUAUUGAGACGAGUAAUGGCCAACUACUUUGGCUACGACAUACUCUAUGUAAUGAAUAUAACAGAUAUAGAUGACAAAAUCAUAAAGAGAGCGAGACAGCAUCAUUUAUUUGAGAAAUAUGUUGCAGAGAAGAAAAGUCUGAAUUGUAUUAUAGAUGAUGCAACAUCAGUAGUGAAUUACUAUGAAACAAUUGUUAAAGAAGCCACCGACCCUGAUAAAAAGAAUGCCAUGCAAAAGACGUUAGACUGCAUUGCAUCAGCAGUUAAGAACUUAAAAGCAGCUGUGGAAAGCAAUGAUGAUGCAACAAUCACAAAUGCAAAGUGUGAGUUAUUACAAUCAGCAAAGGGUCCAAUAUCGGAAUGGCUAGACAGUCAAUAUGGGCCCACAGUCACAGACAAUGCAAUAUUCACAGCAUUGCCUAGGUAUUGGGAAAAUGAGUUCCAUAAAGAUAUGAAAGCAUUAAAUGUAUUACCGCCAGACGUAUUAACGAGAGUCAGUGAAUAUGUACCACAAAUAAUAAAGUUUAUUGAAAAGAUAAUAGAUAAUGGUCUCGCGUAUGAAUCAAAUGGCUCAGUGUACUUCAGUGUCAGUGACUUUGAUAAGAAUGACAAACACUAUUAUGCAAGAUUAGUGCCCGAAGCUUAUGGUGAUACAAAGUCAUUACAAGAGGGAGAAGGUGAUCUAACAGACGACACGAGCGAGAAACGAUCUCCAAAUGACUUUGCUCUAUGGAAGCGGAGUAAAGCCGGCGAACCUUCAUGGUCGUCGCCCUGGGGAGCGGGCAGGCCGGGCUGGCAUAUCGAGUGCUCCGCCAUGGCGUCAGACGUGUUUGGUAGCAAGUUGGACAUACACACAGGGGGGGUUGACCUCAAGUUCCCCCAUCAUGACAACGAGCUUGCUCAAAGUGAGGCUCACUUCGACCAGCCAGGCUGGGUGAACUACUUCCUCCACACUGGCCACCUCACGAUAGCUGGCUGCAAGAUGUCCAAGUCUCUGAAGAACUUCGUCACGAUAUCGGAAGCGUUGCGCCGUCACACUGCGAGGCAGCUCCGGAUUGGGUUCCUCAUGCACGGCUGGAAGGAAACCCUCGACUAUUCGGACAACACCAUGGAUAUGGCGAUACAGUUGGAGAAACUGUUUAAUGAAUUCUUCCUGACGGUCAAAGAUGCAUUGCGUAGUGGUUACGACGAGGGCAGCGGCGGAGUAUGGGACGAGCAGGAACUACAGCUGUCCAACAAACUCUCCGCCGUCAAGGAACAAGUACAUGCCGCGCUCUGCGACAACAUCGACACACGCAGUGCUCUGGACGCUCUCCGUGAGUUGGUGGGCGCGGCGCACGUGUACCUGCGCCACACGACGCCGCGGGCCUCCCCGCUGCUGGCCGCCGCCGCGCGGUACGUCACCGACAUACUGCAUGUCUUCGGAGCUGUUGAAGGACCACGAGGAGGCAUCGGCUUCCCUGUGUCGGAUGGAAACAAUGUUUGCUUAGAAGACACAGUGAUGCCGUACCUGGAAGCGUUGAGUAAGUUCCGCAGCAGUGUACGGGACGCGGCGCGCGCUGCGGAGGCGCCAGCCGUGCUCGCACUCUGCGACAGGUUGAGGGACCACGACCUGCCUGAACUGGGCGUCAGGCUCGAGGAUAAGCCGGAUCGCACAGUAGUCAAGUUAGUAAGUAAAGAGGAAAUAAUGAAAGAGCGGGAAGAAAAGGCGAGACUCGAAGCAGAGAAACAAAAGAAGAAGCAAGAGUUACUGGAAGCGCAGCGCGCUAAGGAGGAACUUAAGAAGAUACCCCCCGGGGAACUGUUUAAACGGGAGACAGACAAAUAUUCCAAGUUUGAUGAUAAAGGUCUUCCAACACAUGAUCACGAAGGUAAGGAGCUCAGUAAAGGACUUGUGAAGAAGCUGCAGAAAUUGCAGCAAGCGCAGGAGAAGAAAUACAACGAGUACUUAGCGUCCAUCAACUCUUGCUGA